AUGACGGCAGAUAUAGCUCCGGGCCGUCCCGAAACCCUUACCCCUGAGCAAGAGGAGAAGCUCAGGCGGUUAUGGCAGCUCGUUUUCCAAGUGUGCGCGGUGGGCCAAGAGAACGGCACAGCUGCCGCAACCCCCGCCAACGACAAGGCCCAGGAGGAGGAUUGCAAGAAGGAGAAGAAGAGCCGAAUACCGUUCUUCUCCCGGAAGGGAAAGAAGGAGGCAGAGGCCGAGGCCACGUCAGGGGCACCAGCAAAUGCGCCCGUGGUGCUCAAUCUCGGGAAGGAUGGAGAAGCCGACAAGUACGGCCAAACAAAGGUCUUCUACGAUACUCUCGCUAGCCAGUCGCCCCAGUCGAUACGGGACACGAUCUGGAAGAUGGUGAAGCACGACCACCCGGAUGCGCUUCUCCUGCGCUUCCUCCGGGCGCGCAAAUGGGACGUCGAGCGGGCACUUAUCAUGCUGGUCUCCACCAUGAACUGGCGGGCGCAGGAGAUGGAUGUCGAGGAACUGAUGCGAAAAGGCGAGGCUUCUGCGGUGGCGGCCGAGGCGAGCAGCGAUGCGGCCGAGAAGAAGUUCGGAAACGACUUCAUGGCUCAGAUCAGGAAGGGCAUCAGCUAUGUGCAUGGGCAUGACAAGCAGGGGAGGCCGCUCUGCUUCGUCAACGUCAGGCUACACAAGCAGGGCGAGCAGGCGGAAGAGGCUCUGGAGAAGUACACUGUGUACCUCAUUGAGACGUGCCGCAUGGUGCUGCAGCACCCGGUUGACACUGCCACGAUUGUGUUUGACAUGACCAACUUCUCCAUGGCGAAUAUGGAUUACACGCCUGUCAAAUUCAUGAUCAAGUGCUUCGAAGCGAACUAUCCAGAGUGUCUCGGCACGGUGCUCGUCCACAAAGCCCCCUGGAUCUUCCAAGGCAUUUGGAAAGUAAUCCGCGGCUGGCUGGACCCCGUCGUCGCCAACAAAGUGCACUUCACCAACAACGCCAAAGAAAUGGAAGCGUUCAUCCCCCUCAAGCACAUCCCCAAGGAUCUGGAGGGCGAGGAGGACUGGACGUACGAGUAUGUGGAGCCGGCCGAGGGUGAGAACGCCAAGUUGGCCGACACGGAGACGCGCGAUCGCCUGCUGGCCGCGCGCGAGGGCCUGGUCAAGGAGUACGAGGCCGCCACGCUCGAUUGGAUCGCCAGUGCUGCCGACAAGGAUAAGGCCGCGGAGGUCAAGGCCCGCCGCAAUGCUCUUGCUGCUAAGCUUCGCGAGGACUACUGGAAUGUUGACCCCUAUAUCCGUGCCCGGUCGUAUUAUGACCGGAUUGGCGUGCUCUUGCCCGGCGGGAAGCUGGAUUGGUACCCGGAGCCGAAGGCGGCUGCUCCUGCGGCGGCUCCGGCGCCUGCGGUUGAGACGACGGAGGACGACCUUGAUUAG